AUGCUGGCGCCCCCGGCCCCCGAAGCCUCGGCGCCCCGCUCGCAGGCCGAGGCCGACCUGGCCCUGCGGCCCCCCUUGGCGCUCGUGGCGGCCGGGCCGCCGCGCCUCGGCCCCCCGCCGCGCCGGGUGCGCCGCUUCUCCGGGAAGGCUGAGCCCCGGCCGCGCGCUUCCCGCCCCAGCCGCCGCAGCUCCGUCGACCUGGGGCUGCUGAGCGCGUGGUCGCAGCCCCCCGACCCCCAGGACGCCCCCGGCCCCGCCGCCGCCAGGAGCCCCCCGCCCGGCUCCGAAGACGCCCCCGAGGCCAAGUGGCCCGGGGCAGCCCCCGCGGCGAAGGCGGCUGCGGAGCCCUCGCGCGCCGAGCUCCCCGGCUCGCUUGGAGGCCCAGGCGCCCGCGACGCGCCGAGGGUCUCGGAAGCCGCGGCCCGGGAGCGGCAGCGGGAGCAGGAGGAGCAGGAGGACACCGAAACGCAGGCCGUCGCGACGUCCCCAGAUGGCCGCUACCUCAAGUUUGACAUCGAGAUUGGACGCGGGUCGUUCAAGACGGUGUACCGAGGGCUGGACACCGACACCACGGUGGAGGUGGCCUGGUGUGAACUGCAGACUCGGAAACUGUCCCGAGCAGAGAGGCAAAGAUUCUCGGAGGAGGGUGGACAGUGCUCAAAGGUCUGCAGCACACCCAACAUCGUCCGCUUCUAUGACUCGUGGAAGUCAGUGCUGAGGGGUCAGGUUUGCAUCGUGCUGGUCACCGAACUCAUGACCUCGGGCACUGCUCAAGACUACCUGAGAAGGUUCCGAGAAAUGAAACCCCGUGUCUUCAGGCGCUGGAGCCGUCAAAUCCUACGGGGACUUCACUUCCUCCACUCCCCGGGUCCCCCCUCCUGCAACCGGGACCUCAAGUGCGACAACGUCUUUAUCACUGGCCCAGGCUCCGUCAAGAUCGGGGACCUGGCCUGGCCACCCUCCAAGCGGGCCUCCUUUGCCAAGAGUGUCAUCGGGACCCCGGAGUUCAGCCCAGAGAUGUACGAGGAGAAGUACGAUGAGGCGGUGGACGUGUACGCGUUCGGCAUGUGCAUGCUGGAGAUGGCCACAUCCGAGUACCCUAACUCUGAGUGUCAGAACGCGGCGCAGAUCUACCGCAAGGUCACUUCGGGCACAAAGCCCAACAGCUUCUACAAAGUGAAGAUGCCUGAGGUGAAGGAGAUCAUCGAAGGCUGCAUCCGCACGGAUAAGAAUGAGAGGUUCACCAUCCAGGACCUGCUGGCACAUGCCUUCUUCCGAGAGGAGCGUGGCGUUCAUGUGGAGCUGGCCGAGGAGGACGACGGGCAGAAGCCUGGACUCAAGCUCUGGCUGCGCAUGGAGGACGCACGACGCGGGGGGGCCCCACGGGACAACCAGGCCAUCGAAUUCCUGUUCCAACUUGGACGGGAUGCAGCGGAGGAGGUGGCUCAGGAGAUGGUGGCCCUGGGCUUAGUCUGUGAAGCCGAUUAUCAACCAGUGGCCCGAGCAGUACGGGAACGGGUUGCUGCCAUUCAGCGGAAGCGUGAGAAGCUACGAAAAGCGAGGGAGUUGGAGGUCCUCCCCCCAGCGCCAGGGCCCCCUCCGGCCACUGGACCCUUGACGCCUGGUCCUCGAAGUGUCUUUCCCCCCGAGUCUGAGGAGCCAGAGGCAGACCAGCAUCAGCCCUUCCUUUUCCGCCAUGCCAGCUACUCAUCGACUGCCUCGGAUUGUGAGACUGAUGGCUACCUCAGCUCCUCGGGCUUCCUGGAGGCCUCAGACCCUACUCUCUACCCCACGAGGGGAGUUCCAUCCAGUCCUGCUGCAUCCCAUCUUCGGCUGCCCUCAGCUUUUGCCCUCUCCAUUCCCCGGGCUGGGUCUGGCAGUGACUUUCCCCCUGUAGACAGCUAUGCCUCUGAUGCAGCAUCUGGCCUUAGUGACGUGGGCGAAGGGAUGAUGGGGCGCAUGAAGAAACCGCUGGGGAGAAAUCUCCGGCGCCGACCUCGUUCCCGACUGAGGGUCACUAGUGUCUCAGAUCAGAGUGACAGAGUGGUUGAGUGUCAGUUACAGACACACAACAACAAGAUGGUGACCUUCCGAUUUGACCUGGAUGGGGACAGCCCAGAAGAGAUUGCUGCUGCCAUGGUGUAUAAUGAGUUCAUCCUGCCCUCGGAGCGAGCUGGCUUCCUGAGCCGAAUCCGGGAGAUUAUCCAGCGAGUGGAAACCCUGUUGAAGCGAGAUAGUGCCCCUGGGGAGCCUGCUGAAGACCCUCUGAGCCCCCAGGAGGAGCCAGGACCCUUGUGUACCCUCCCAGGGCCCCUCCCAGACCCCUCCAGUGAGCUGGCGUCCCCGGAGCAGAGAUGCUGGGCAGCCUUCUCCACCUCCCCAUCUUCUCCAGGAACCCCUGUGUCUCCUGGAAACCCAUUUUCCCCUGGCACCCCUGUUUACCCCUGCUCCAUGUUUCCCAUCAAUUCUCUCCCAUGUCAGCCCAGCCCUUCCUCCUCUUCCUCCCCAAUUUCUUCUCAAGUCUCCACAAAUCUCUCUCCAUUUACCCCCAGCUCACCUGGGGCAGCCCCAUUUUCAGUCCCAACCCCUCAGUCUCCCCAGAGCUCUCUCCUCCCCAGCUCCCCAACCCAGUUCUCUUCAGGCAGUGCCCAGGCCGCCCUGCCUCCCGCCUUUUCCCCGUGUACCCCUACAUCUCCUCUCCCCUCUACCACAGCAGCCCCUCUGCUCUCUCUGGCCAGUGCCUUCUCUCUAGCGGUGAUGACAGUGGCGCAGUCCCUACUGUCCCCCUCACCUGGACCCCUCUCCCAGUCCCCUCCAGCCCCUCUGGAGCCCCUCCCUAGCCUACCCCCACCCCAUGCUCCUUGCAGCCCAGAGAGGUCUUCACCCCUGACAACAGAGCUGGACAAGGAGGCCUCUCCAGACCCUGCUUGGCCACUUAUGGAUGAAGCUAAACUGGAGCCCAUCUCUGAAGAAGGGAAGCCCCAGCUUGUGGGGCGAUUCCAAGUGACUUCAUCCAAGGAGCCAUCAGAGGUGCCUCCUCUGUCCUCGACACCAACGCUCUCGGGUUCCCUAAAGUCUCCAACCCCUCCAUUGUCCUCGGAAAGCUCUGAUACGGAGGACAGCGCUGACGGCGGACCUGAGGCCCAAGAAGCUCUGGCUGAGAGUGACCGUGCCACUGAAGGGCUGGGGGCUGGCGCUGAGGAGGAAGGGGAUGAGGAGGAGCCCCACACAGAGGGCAGCGCAGCCCUGAAUCAUGCCAGCCCCGUGUGGCUGAAUUACUCCUACAGCAACCUGUGUCUGAGCAGUGAGGACUCAGAGAGUAGCGGGGAGGACGAGGAGUUCUGGGCCGAGCUACAGAACCUCCGGCAAAAGCACCUGUCAGAGGUGGAGGCAUUGCAGAGCCUCCAGAAGAAGGAAAUUGAGGACCUGUAUAGCCGGCUGGGGAAGCAGCCCCCACCCGGCAUUGUGGCCCCCGCCGCUAUGCUGUCCAACCGCCAGCGCCGUAUCUCGCUGUCCAAGGGCAGCUUCCCCACCUCCCGGCGCAACAGCCUGCAACGCACAGAGCCCCCUGUCCCAGGCCCUGGUAUCAUGCGAAGGAACUCCUUGAGCGGCAGCAGCAGCGGCUCCCAGGAGCAGCGGGCAAGCAAGGGGGUGACAUUCGCCGGGGAUGUUGGCAGGAUGAUGUCCAGCUCUUGGGAGGUGAAGUCAGAACGCUGUGUGAAAAGUCAAGGUUGUCACCUAAAACCAGCUCAGUCCCCAUACAGGGUGAAAUGGGCAAUGCCCCCUUAA